GAAUAUAUGAUUUAAUGUUAAUUCUUUUAACAUUAUGCAUCAUAUAUACAAGUUACUUUUAUAUUAGUUAUUUUACACGUGAGAAUCCAUUACCUGGUCCAGUCCCUUUACCCAUCAUUGGUAAUAUCUUGGAUAAAGGUUUCGAUGAUUUCGUUGAUUACACGGAACGUAUGAGAAAAAAGUACGGUGACAUGUUCGAAAUUUAUUUUGGACAAACCAAGUUCAUCAUGUUGAGUAAAUUCGAAUACAUGCAAAAUAUGUUUGACGGUUCAUCGAAUUCAAAAUACCUGAGGCGUGUUCCAUACAUACCCGGUUUGGAAGAAUUAAAUAUUUCGGGGAAAGGGGUCGCGUUUAACCAUAAUGUAAAUAUUUGGAAAUAUAAUCGACACUUCAUUUCACGAGCGUUACUCACCCCUAGUUUCUCCAAAUCUGCUGUCGUUUGGACCCAAAAUCUAGUUGAGGAAAUGAUGGGCUUUUGGGAAGAUGGAUCUAAUAAUGAUGGUUGUUUUGAAACCGACAUCGUAGAAUGGUGUCAUAGGUUCACAACGGACUCUAUAAAUCAUUUCACAACCGGGAGGAGAAUUCAUAUAAUCGAAGCACAUUACAAUGAAUUGUUGGCAUCACAAAAUAGGAAACCAAAAAUACCUUCCAAGAAUGAUUUGCGUGACGCCACGAUAUUUUUUAGGAGCUUUAAAACUUUCAUUAUUGGAAUUUAUUUCUUCAUAGUCGUCCCACCUUUGCGACUUCGAGUUGAGCUGGACUCAUUCUUUGAAAAAAAGGGCGAUCGACGGCUCGAUCUUGAAAGUUUAACGGGUUUAGUUUACACUGACGCAAUCAUCAAAGAAGCAUUUAGAAUUUUCACACCUGCACCAUACACCGCACGAAAUAGCACCGCUGAAGAUAUCGUGGCAGGACGUGUAUGGCCCGAGGGAACACAAUAUAUCAUAAAUAUUCAUGGG